AUGAGUUCAACAGUAUCUUCUAUCUUUAGUACUAGUGAGGUCUCAGAUCAUCAUAAAUUUAUUGAUGAUAUUAAUCUUUAUGAAUUAUUUUCACCAUCAUUAUCAAAUAAUACACCAAUAUUAACAUCAGCUUUCAAUAGUUGUUAUCAAAAAGCACUUCUUUCAUUAAAUGUACAUCUUGAAGAUAUAGAUGCACAAACAUUAUCAUCUUUAAAAAAAGAUUUAUCAUCAUAUAAUGUAAAUGAAGAUGAUUUUGAUGAAACAGUUUUUCCAAACCGUUCCUUAACACCAACAUCAACAACAAUAUCUCAAUGGCGACAUGAACAAUUUUUAAAUGAAAAAUUUCUUCGAAUACUUAUUCCAAUUGUUACAGAAAAUAUGUAUUCAAUAGUUUUACAUUGGAUUGAACUUGAAUUACAAAAUGAAGAAGAACGUGGAAGUAAAAAUGAACAAAAUAAAAAUGAUUUAAAAAAUAAAUUAUAUGAAUUAAAAUUUAUGGAAAAAUCAAUUGAUAUUGAAAGAUUAUAUGAAUUAAGUGGAAAUUCAAAAGAGAUUUUAAUUGAACAGGUUGAUUGGAAAUUAGUUGGAACAAAAAUGAGAAGUAUAGGUGGUUUUAAAUAUUUUGAUGAAUCUUCAUUAAAACGUAUGUGGAAACAUCGAUGUCAAUAUGGAUUAAAUAUUUCAUGGUCAGAUGAUGAAGAUAAACUUUUAGAUCAAUUAGUUGAACAAUAUGGUUAUGGAAAAUGGAUAGAAAUUUCACAACAUGAAAUAUUUCAAAAAAAUAAAAAAUCAGCAUACAUGUGUGCACAACGAUAUAUGUCAAAAAAGAAUAAACUAUAUUCAAAAAGACGUUUUACACAAACUGAAAAAGAUCUUCUUUUAUCCAUGUACAAAUAUCGUUGUUCAGUAAUAAAAGAUUAUCGUUUUUGUGUUUCUUAUGCUGCUUAUCUACUUGGUGAUCGAUGUUUACGUGAAAUAACUCAUGUAUGGACAUAUCUUAAUCCUGAUAUACAAAAAAAUUCAUUUACACCAGACGAGGAUGCUAUUUUACUUCAACAUGCCAAUCAAACUUCAUCAAUUUGUUGGUCAACAUUAGCUGCUAGUCAUCUACCUAAUCGAUCAGCUGUUCAAUGUCGACAACGUUAUUCGCAAUUAACUAAAGUACAAUCGACUGAAAAGACAAAACAAACAAAUCAAAAAACAAAUUCUUCUCGUGUAACGAACUAUAUUCAAUGGUUACAAAAACAACCAAUUCACACUCAAAAGUUUCUCCAACAGUUUUAUUCAAAAUCCCGUUUGACUCAUCUACAUAAAUCAAUAAUUGAAAUGCAUUCAAAUAAAAUUGAAUUAUUAAUGCAAAAAUUUGAUAACAAUCAAAAUAAUGUUGUUAAAUGUUUACCAUUACGAGAAUUCAUUCUUAAACUUAAUCAGUCAACGGUGACUAUUGAUGAAAUCUACGCAAAAUUUGUUAAUAAUUUGUGA